AUGAACGAGCCGGGUUUGCUGAAUACCACUGGCCUUCUCGAGCUGGACAGACCCGCCAACGGCUCCAACUUAUCCCAGGCAAAGGCUGAUGAGCUCUUUGCCAGUCCGGUCGAUCCCUUUCGUGAACGAGAUCUUAACCUUUUCAGUCCUUCAGGCUCUCAGAGCGAAGCCCAGAAAGCUCUCAAUGCGUGGUGCUCGCACGGAUCGACUAAGCUGGACAAUCAGACAGACACACGGAACCUAGAACGAGGCGAAAGCAUGGACUUCGACGCCGAAAUCGACCUCGACCAGCUCCUCGAUCAGGAGAUGGCGCUGAAACAAGAAAUUCAUAAACACACAUCGCAUUCUGGGACUGGCUGCGCAGAAGGAUCACAGAUGGAUGUCGACUAUGACGAGCUGGAAGCCUUCCUCCUCGCGGAAGAGGAACACGCAUCGUCUCGACCGACUGCACGUGAUCAAGUUCACGGCCUACAACAUCCCCCCUCGCCACCUCCCGACAUCGUCUCGUCUCGGGCCUCUUCGCCCAUGACCGAUCUUCUAGAAAGCAAUGGUCUGUUAGGUGGCUCUUCCUUGCCGCCCUUACAGCAGACUGUGACUCCAUCCCCAAAGUCUACAGGCUUGACACUCGAGACCUUCCCAACUUCAGCCCAGCCGUCUUCGAGGGCCAUCGAGGCACUCUCGUCGCUGUCCACGGAGGACGAAGAGCCAUCGUCUGUGCUUGCUGCGCGCGAUGUGCAAGUGGGACCGUCUCGACUUGGCGCCCGCCUCCAACCACAGGGCAUUCCCAAGUACAUUCCGGCUGGUUUCAUGAAUGCUGCCACGAUGGAUGGUACCCUGGUCCGCUUUGAGCGACGCAAACGCAUGAAAGGCUGGAAGCCGCCGGCUAUCAUGUCCGAUGUAGACGCCUCGCAACUUCUAGAUCGACCCAUUCACCAGCUGCUUGAUGCUGUAGAAGCCUUGAAGGCGCUCGAAGUGGUCGAACGCGACGAGGCGCAUGCACAGCAGGCCAGAGAAUCGGCGAAUCAUACCGCAAUGCACAACUCGAAGGCUGCCUUGCAAAUGUGGGUGGAUAAGCAUCGACCAGCCAAAUUCACAGAGCUCCUCGGAGAUGAACGCGUACAUCGCGAGGUGCUUGGUUGGCUCAAGGAAUGGGACGAGUGCGUGUUCAAGCGAAAGAAUCAUCGCAAGGAGCGACAUCGUCAAUACAUUCAAUCCAAGUAUGGCUUCAGCGACAAUGGCUUCGGUGACAAGGGCAGCGAGCAUUCUUGGAAGGAUCCCUACGGCCGACCAAAGGAGCGCAUCAUGAUGAUUUCGGGACCUCCUGGCUUAGGAAAGACGACGCUUGCCCACGUCAUCGGCGCUCAUGCAGGCUACAAUGUCUACGAGUUGAAUGCCAGCGACGCACGCUCGGCGGGUGCGGUCGAGGAUGUGAUCAAAAUGGCACUCGAGUCAGGCAGUCUCAAGGAUCCAAGACCGACGUUGGUGGUGAUCGACGAAAUCGACGGCGCUACAGGAGGUGGAGGUGGAGCAUCGGGCGAAUCGCAUGGCUUCAUACGCGCAUUGGUGCGAUUGGUCGAAAUGGGCAAGGGAGCUGGACCCAAGGUGGCUGGCUUGGGUGCGCGUGGCAAGAAGCAACAACGCAAGGGCUUUAAGCCGCUGCUGCGGCCCAUCAUUUGCAUCUGCAAUGAUCUCUACGCUCCGUCGUUGCGACCGUUGCGACCGAUAUCGAAGUUGAUCCGGUUCCAUAAACCGCCGACAAACCUUGUGGUGAAACGCCUGCGCGAAGUUUGCGAGGCGGAAGCGCUCUCUGUGGAAGCUCGUGGACUGUCUCUACUUGCCGAGCUGACCAACGGCGACAUUCGCUCUUGCCUGAACGCGUUGGAGUUUGCAAAGACCAAAAACAUUGCUCUCACAGAAGCAGCGGUGAAGAGCGCGUCGGUUGGCAUCAAGGAUACCGGAGGUCACGUUCACAAAGCAUGGGAGGUGCUUUUCCGCCGCCAGAAUCGCAAGCAGGCCGCAGCUUCGAGCAUGAAACGAGCCAAUGCCAAGGCGGCAGAUGCAGAUGCGUCGCCUUGGAACUCGUCACGCAAAGCGUCGGCGAGUGAGCUGACUGGUGACGGCAAAGCACCAAAGGAUUUCAACCUGAUCGAUACGCCUCAGGAGAACGUCAAACGCAUCGUUCACGAGGUGACGAGCUGUAACGAGUACGAAAAGCUCGCUCAGGGUUGUUUCGAGCACUACCCUACGCUUCGGGCUGCCGAUGGCGGUUGGAAACGGUAUCGGCAGGUGCACGACUGGUUGCACUUUGGACAAAGCAUCACGUCGCGUGCCUGGUCGCAGGGCAACUUUGAGCUUCUCGGCUUCAUGCCAUGGUCGUUCGUCUGCUGGCAUCUACUGUUUGCACACGUCGGAAACGCGCUGCCCGAGUAUCCAAAGGCGGACUAUGAGAACCACCUCAAGACGUCUGCGUUUAACGAGAUCGCAUCGCAGAUUGUCAGCGUGCUUCCUGCCAACGUCCGGUCGCAGUUCAACCGACAAUCGGUUGUCACCGAGCUGGGGCCGUCGCUGAUGCGAAUCCUCACGCCAGAUCUACGGCCGAUCAACAACCAGCUAUCGCGAACCGAGGACAAGCAAUCGUUUGCUUCGCUCGUGUCCAUCAUGACUUGGCUCAACGUCCGAUUUGUCCAGGACAAGAUUUCCGAAGAUGAGGCUUCGGUUACGGGGCAGACGGCAGGGCAGUUGGUGUACAAGCUGGAUCCGCCGCUCGACGUGUUUACGCAAUUCGAGGGCAAGCGUUCAAAAGAGAUUGGGCCGUCGCGCUUCGCUGUGCGUCAGCUGGUGGCGAGGGAGAUGGAGCGUCAAAUGCUGCGUAGGAAUGCGGGCGUCGAAGCGCGCAAUGACGAUGCUGGAUCGACGUCCAAGUCGGCCACGGCAAUCUAUCGAUGCAAGGGUGACAAGGUGGAUGCUGCACGAGACGCACUCGAGACCAAGAAGGAAAAGAGCGCCGUUGAUUUUUUUGGUCGUCCGAUUGUGCCAAAGAGCGCGUCUCUGCGCGUAGGCAUGUCAACGGAGCCUAUCGUCCAGUGCAUGGGCGGUCAGAAGCGCAAGGUGUCAGACGAUAUUUCUUGUGGCGCAUCUGAGCUGACUCCGACAACGACGCUGGCAGCGGGCGACGUGAAUGCCGCGAAUCACGACGCCACAGCGCCAGCAGCCGUGGAUUUGGUCCGAGAUGACAAGAUCAAGGUGUUCUACCGCUAUCACGAGGGCUUUUCCAACGCAGUGCGAAGACCCGUCAAGAUCUCGUCGCUUCUCUGA